UGUUUAUAGUAUUUCACAAAACUGCUUAGAGGGAGUUUAGGCCAAAUACGCGUUAUACUGUAUUGAUAUAUAGAUUUCACGAUUAAGAAUAAAAAUAAUAUUAAUUAGGUUUACGCAGUAACUUCUGUAGUGAUGAAUAUCUCAACAAACUCUAAUUUCCACUCUCCUCGCCUUAUUUUAGAAGACAAACGGAAAGAGGAAUCACAGGGUGAUUGGCUUAUGGAAUGAGUUACUGUUGGCAGUAUUGGAGGUUGACACUUUACAAGAGUUUAGAAGGGAAAUCAGUAAUUUCUGGAAAAAUAAAUGGUGAACCAAAUAGUUUCUGCAUUAGUUCUCACUCCGGAACUGAUCAAGCAAAUUCAAGAUACAUUUGAGUCAGAGAUGGAAUUGGGCUUAAUGCAAAAUCCACCUAAGGCAUCUUCUCUUCAGAUGGAGAAUACCUUUAUUCCUGAGCUUCCAAAUGGGAAAGAGGAUGGAGACUUCCUUGCUUUAGACUUAGGUGGGACAAAUUUUCGAGUGAUUCUAAUUCGUCUGAAGCCAGGUCACCAAGCUGAGUCAUAUGUACAGUAUUACACAGUUCCAGAAUUUAUACGAAUUGGAGAUCAUGGAGAACCGCUCUUUGAUUUUCUUGCUGAAUGCAUACAUGAUUUCAUGAAGAAAAAUGAUUUAUUGGAAAAGCAUUUACCUCUUGGUUUUUGUUUUUCCUUCCCAAUGGUCCAAAAAGCAUUAGACAUUGGCGUUUUGGUCACUUGGACAAAAAGCUUUAACAUUCCAAGUGUUGUUGGCGAAGAUGCAGUGAAAAUGUUAAAUGAUGCCCUUGAAAGACGAGGAGAUCUUCAGGUAAAUGUUGUUGCAGUAGUCAAUGAUACUACUGGUACCCUUAUCAAAGGAGCAUCACUAUAUCCUGAUUGUGCCAUUGGACUCAUCCUUGGAACGGGUUGUAAUGCUUGUUAUCUGGAAAAAGUGGAAAGAAUUAAGAAGUGGGACGGUGAACAUCCUGGGAUUGAUGAGGUUAUUGUUGACAUUGAAUGGGGAGCCUUUGGUGAUAAUGGUGUUCUUGACUUCAUGAAAACUGAGUUUGAUAAGAUUGUAGACAAUAAUUCCCUUUUAGUCAGCUCCUUCACGUUUGAAAAGUUAUUUGCUGGAAAAUAUCUUGGUGAGCUGGUGAGACAAAUUUUGUUGUGUUUAAUUGAUGAUAAGCUGCUGUUCAGGGGUAAACUAUCCAACAUGAUGAUGACCCACAAUGCUUUCACUGCUGAACAUGUUUCUGAAAUUGAAAGUCAAGAUGGUGACCUUAAAGCUCGUGAAAUUUUAGAAACCCUUGGAUAUCCAUCUGUUACAGAUGAUGAUAUUGCAAUACUUAGACAUCUUUGUGCUGUCACAUCAGUGAGAGGAGCCCGCAUAGUCUCCAUUUGUCUAGCAAGUUUGUUGAACAGAAUGAAAAAGGAAUUUGUAACUGUAGCCAUAGAUGGUUCUCUAUACAACAAGCACCCCAAAUUUCAUCAAUUAAUGACUGAUUUUAUAGCAGAAAUGGCUCCAGAACGAAAAUUCAAGCUCAUGUUAGCAGAAGAUGGAAGUGGAAAAGGAGCAGGCCUGGUUGCAGCUAUCGCUGAACGUUUGAAAGCACAGAAACAUAAAACUGAAGUCUAACAUUUUCACUUUGGAAUAAUUGUUUUUAGAACACAUUCAGUGGCUUUGAGUUUCGGCGAACUAUCAUUGGGGUUUUAUAUUAUAGCAUUAUUUUAAAGAGUUUAUGAUGUUUUAUACAUUUUUCAAAGAUUGCUUGUUAAAAAUAUCCAUCCAGUUGCACUUUUAUUUCUCACUUUGCUUUUUGAUAUCAGACAGUUAAAUAUAUUAGUGGUUAUAAAUAUAAAAAAAAUAAUCAAGAAUACAAAGAAGUUAAAAACUUAAAUACUACAUGGAAUUGCAUGUUGAAUGUGAAAUUACAUUUUGAUGAGAUUAUAAAAUAUUUUUG